ACGCGGUGCCUGCAUCUGAUUGGUUCCCAGCGAGUCCUGGGCGUCCGAGGAGAUCAAGAAGGGAAAAAAGCAGUAAAAAUAGAGCAGACCCCAAAAACUCAAGACAAAUGAGUAUUUACCUCGGAUGUGUAUGACUGCAGCGCAACAUUACCGCUGGCUCGGUCUCAGUCGACUAAGGUUUUGAAAAAAAAAGAGGGCUACAUUUCUGAGAGGUUUCACGCAGAGGAGGGGUGGAAAAAAAGGGGGAAGGACUUGAAUAUCAGCUGCGACUAUCCGGAUUACCCACUCGCUGAAAAAGGGAAAACAAACGAAGACAGGACAUUUCUCCGCCAAGUGAGGAUGAGCUGACGCCGAGGAAAAGAGGCCGAACUGUUUGUGGUGGAAGUUGGAAACGGAGGAAGGAACCGUCUCCACCGACCCGGGCGGAUAUUUAGAUGUUGCGGCGUAAACUUCGCUGUCGAGGCCGUUUUAAAGCGGCAUUGUAGGAGCUGGGUUUCAUAUAGAAGAACGACAAAUUAAAAAUAAAUCCCGUUCAAUUUGUUCGCUUGGACACGUAAAACGUCUCAUAUCACCGGGCACGGACACGGAGAAGAUCAGCUGCUUGUGCCGAUGCCAACGGCAGAUUGUAGGCUGCUCCAUCAUGGCCGGAUCAUGAGGUGUUUGACUUAUCUCUUACUGCUUCCAGAAACGCUGAAAAAGUCCAAAAAGGUCAGCAGGCUGCCGGUAUGUUAUGAGAUCCUGACUCUGUCCCUGUCGAGCACCAAGAAGAAGCAGCAGCAGAAGGAGAAGAUGGCUGCGGAGCUGUACCCCGCCGCCAACACCAACAACACCAACUUGGCCAACGGCACUACGGUCGCGGACACCGAGAAGACCAAGGAGGUGCAGGUGUGCCUCGCGAGCCGCGGCGGAAGCGCGGCCACCACACCGACCACCCAGCAAAACAUCAACAACAACAACGUAGACCCACCCAGCUGGCAAUGCAGCCACCCAACACUCAGAGAGAGGAACGCCUUGAUGUGUAACAAUGAGCUGAUGGCUGACGUCCACUUCAUUGUUGGGCCCUUGGGGGGGUCACAGAGGGUCCCAGCUCACAAGUAUGUGCUGGCCGUGGGAAGCUCGGUCUUCUGUGCCAUGUUUUACGGCGAUUUGGCGGAGGAGGAGUCUGAAAUUCAUAUUCCAGACGUGGAACCUGCUGCUUUUCUAAUUCUGCUGAAGUACCUGUACAGCGAUGAGAUCGACCUGGAGGCGGACACGGUGCUGGCCACCCUGUACGCUGCCAAAAAGUACAUUGUACCUGCACUGGCCAAGGCCUGCGUCACCUUCCUGGAAACCAGCCUGGAAGCCAAGAACGCCUGCGUGCUGCUUUCCCAGAGCCGCCUGUUCGAGGAGCCGGAGCUGACGCAGCGCUGCUGGGAGGUGAUCGACGCUCAGGCCGAGCUGGCGCUGCGCUCAGAGGGCUUCUGUGAGAUCGACGUGCAGACGCUGGAGAUCAUCUUGAGGAGGGAGACGCUCAACACUAAGGAGGUGGUGGUGUUCGAGGCCGUGAUGAACUGGGCCACGGCGGAGUGUAAGAGACAAGGUUUGGGGCCGACGACCAGGAACAGAAGAGACGUCCUGGGCAAGGCGCUGUUCUUGGUGCGCAUUCCCACCAUGAGCCUGGAGGAGUUUGCUAACGGAGCGGCACAGUCUGACAUCCUGACGCUAGAGGAGACGCACAAUGUGUUCCUGUGGUACACGGCGGCUAAAAAGCCUCAGCUGGACUUCCCCCUGACGGCCAGGAAGGGCUUGGCUCCUCAGAGGUGCCACCGCUUCCAGUCCUCUGCCUACCGGAGCAACCAGUGGCGCUACCGCGGCCGGUGCGACAGCAUUCAGUUCGCGGUGGACAAGAGGAUCUUUAUCGCCGGUUUGGGGCUGUACGGGUCGAGCGGGGGGAAAGCCGAGUACAGCGUGAAAAUCGAGCUUAAGAGACAAGGGGUGAUCCUGGCGCAGAACCUGACCAAGUUUGUGUCGGACGGGUCGAGCAGCACGUUUCCGGUGUGGUUCGAGCACCCCGUCCAGGUGGAGCAGGACGCCUUCUACACGGUGAGCGUCGUGCUGGACGGAAACGAGCUGAGCUACUUCGGCCAGGAGGGAAUGACGGAGGUGCAGUGCGGGAAGGUGACAUUUCAAUUCCAGUGCUCCUCCGACAGCACUAACGGGACCGGAGUUCAGGGAGGACAGAUCCCAGAGCUGGUCUUCUACGCGUAGGCUGCUCCGGACUACCGCUGGAAAACGAGGUUCCUCCUCGCCUCCCAGUCUUCAACGUAAUGUAGCAUUAAACACUUGAGUAACGUCACACUAAAUGGCCUGCUUAGAUCUCUGAGAGACUAUUUUAAAAAGCGAAGGAGCUGUUUUAUCUUAUUUAAUUUAAUGUUAUUUUUUUAUUUAAAUCCUGAUUUAAGGUUAUUUGCUCUGAUGCGGCUGCUGUAGAAGCAACAUUAACUCAGCAAUCUGUGGUUAUGUAAUCAAGCUGAGCUCCACAACUGGAACGAGUAGGGACGGCUUCAAAUGGUGUAAAAGAAAGUCUACAUACGAUGUUGUUACUAUAGUUCAAGCAGCAAUACACAAGGAGCAGACUUUAUGUAGUGUCAUGAUUCUAAAUGAGAAGAAAUGUAGAAAUCUUGUCAAAAAGUCAUUUUGCACUUCAGAGGACGACCUCAGAAACGCGUCUUUUGUAAAAGAAGAUUUAACUGUUAACAGCUUGAUGCUGUUAAAGACCAGAUGUGUUCUGUACAAGAAUGCUUAAACACCUGAUAAUAAAACAUUAAGGUUAUAAUGUGAA